AGGGAGGGGAGUUUAAACUAAGUGCUAUGUUUUGGGACAGGCUAAUCUGCUAGCGAGCAGUGUGAGGAUCGGAGCGUAUUGUGUGAGCCAGUGUGUGGGGGACAGAUAAGGGAGCCAGCCAGCCUACCAGCCCGACCCACCGACCCGCCGAGUGCGUGUUUUAAUGUGCUAACUCUGGGGAGAUUUUAAAAGACAGCAGCGUAUUGACUCCUCAGACGUGUGCGGAGACCUCGGGCACAAACGCCUCCACUAAACAGCCGCAGCCAGCAGAAGAGCAUCAGCAGAGAAAGAGAGAGUGAGAGAGAGAGGGAGAGAGAGAGAGAAAGAAAAAAAGAGCAGGGAACUGAAAACAGCACCAAAUCCUGAAAUCAAAGAGGAUUUUUUUAUUCUCCUCUUUUUUUCUGUUUUCUUUCUUUUUUCUUGUUCCUGGGACAAGAGGGGCUGACUCCCAACUGCAGAGAACGGCCAGAAAAAAGCUGAAGAGAAUCUAACAGUUGAAAGGACAGAAAAAAAACCUCAUCGAAUCUGAACAUGUUUGAAAUAAGCCGAACACUCAACGCUGCUUUGUUGAGCAAUGAGCAUCUCAAGAUGAUGGCGAGGUACGGGCAGCUCUCGGGACUAGCAGCCAGUGGCGUGGGCACCGUCCCCGAGACGCACUCGCCGCUAUUUCCCAGGGAUCUCCUGUCAUCGCCCGUCCAGAUGGGCUACAGGUCACCCCUGGGGUCAACAGAGACACAGUGGCGUCAGGCAGAGCUCCCACAGCUCCAGGGCUGGGCAGAGAAGGGAUUGCUGACACAGCCAAAGAUGAUCAUUAGUAACAUGGAGGCGCCGGUGACAAAUGGCCCCAGCGGAGGAGGCACCACAUCUAACGGUCCGACCUCCAACAACCGCGGCUGCCCCUCACCCAUGCAGACCGGUCCCACGAACGACGACAGCAAGACAAACCUCAUCGUGAACUACCUGCCCCAGAACAUGACCCAGGAGGAGUUCCGAAGCCUGUUCGGCAGCAUUGGUGAAAUCGAGUCCUGCAAACUAGUGCGUGAUAAGAUCACAGGACAGAGUCUUGGCUACGGUUUUGUGAACUACAUCGACCCAAAGGAUGCAGAGAAAGCCAUCAACACAUUAAACGGACUCAGACUUCAGACAAAAACAAUCAAGGUGUCAUAUGCACGACCCAGCUCAGCCUCCAUCCGUGAUGCUAACCUGUACGUCAGCGGCCUGCCGAAGACCAUGACCCAGAAGGAACUGGAGCAGCUCUUCUCUCAGUACGGACGCAUCAUCACCUCCCGUAUCCUCGUCGACCAGGUCACAGGCCCCGCAGGCGGCUCCCGAGGUGUGGGAUUCAUCCGCUUUGAUAAGAGGAUAGAAGCUGAGGAGGCCAUCAAGGGUCUGAACGGUCAGAAGCCAUCGGGGGCCGCCGAGCCCAUCACGGUCAAGUUUGCCAACAACCCCAGUCAGAAGACCAGCCAAGCCCUUCUGUCACAACUCUACCAGUCCCCCAAUCGCCGGUACCCCGGCCCGCUUCACCACCAGGCUCAGAGGUUCAGGCUGGACAAUUUGCUUAAUAUGGCCUAUGGCGUAAAGAGGUUCUCCCCCAUCACCAUUGACAGCAUGACCAGCCUGGUCGGCAUGAACAUCCCCGGGCACACGGGCACCGGUUGGUGCAUCUUUGUCUACAACCUGUCUCCAGAUUCCGACGAGAGCGUGCUCUGGCAGCUGUUCGGGCCCUUCGGCGCAGUCAACAAUGUCAAGGUGAUCCGUGACUUCAACACCAACAAGUGCAAAGGCUUCGGCUUCGUCACCAUGACGAAUUAUGACGAGGCGGCCAUGGCCAUCGCCAGUCUCAACGGCUACAGGUUGGGCGACCGUGUCUUGCAAGUCUCCUUCAAGACUAACAAGACACACAAGUCCUGAACUCUCGACAGGUAGAAGCAGAUGCCCCACGCAUUUGUCUGCAACAAAUUUGGCCCCCAACCCCAACCCCUCCCUUCCACCCCCACUCGUCCCCUUAGGCCCUUCAGUCGCCACCACCACCCAACUACAGCCAUCCAACAGAUCAAACUACAACCGGAACAAAAAUCAACCAAUAAACCAUCAAACAAAUUGAACUAUUAAUGGCUUAUAUUAUAACUUUGGACCUAUAAGCCAAUGUUGCCUGAGUAUUACAAAAAUUUAAUGAUGAAAACGUUCACAAGUUUUUAGAAGCCCCUGUGAUGAUGCAGGCUUCUCUUUGUUGUAUAUUAUUUUUGUUUGUUGUGGUUGUUCAAUGAUUUUCCUCUUCUGUGUAAAAACAGUAGCAAUUUCUUGUAUCCCUUAUUUCAGAGAAAAGAAUGUCCUUUUUAGAUUGGAAACCUUUUCUCUGUCUUGAUUCAGGAUUUUAUUUUCUUUUGUAAAUCCGGAUCCACUGUCGUUAUUAUUGGAUACCUCCCAAUCAAUGAAAGGGAGGGGGCUCUUUUUAAAUUAGUGAAUCCAUUCAUUCAUUUGUAGCGUGAUUCAAAGACUUCCCCUUAUUGAUUAUAGAUGGGAUGCAACAAUCCCAAUGACUCAGAUAUAGAAAAAAAAAGAAUUUCUAGCAUUUUAUGUUUUGUUUUGUAUCGCAAACAAAACAUAACGUCUUUCCUCACUGGGUUUCAGGGAGAUGGGGCGAGGGAGGGGAUGGGUUAGCUUUCCUGAUGACACGUUCAGUAAUUCAAGAAAAAAAAUAAACAACACACACACAACACUGUUGCCAAAGAGAAGAUCUCUUUGGUUGGAAAAAAAAAGAAUUUAGAAAAAGAUAAAAAUAAAUAGAAAGAAGAUCUAUUUUUAUAAAUGAUAAUUAAAAUAACUAUUGAAGAAUUUUUACGGGAAUCUGGAUUUGAAAAAAAGAGAAAAAUAUUUUGACUGGCUAACUGGGGGGGCCGGGGCGGGUGGGAGGGGGCACCACCUUGUCUCGUCGUUCUGCCGUGGUACUUUGUAGGAUCAAAAGGUCGUUUUUUUUUUUUUUUGGGGUGAAUCCAAGUUGGUUGUGAUUUUGUAGACGGAGGGUUUUGUGAAAAAGGGAUGCAAAAUGAGACAGGUGAUUUUGGUAAUUUUUCACAUGUGUACUAGUGCGUAAUUAUUCAACAGCGAUACCCAAACGGGAAGGGAAAGGGGUCUUUUCAAGACCUAAAACUUUAUAGUUCAGAGCCCAAAGCAAGAAGACCCUUUUGUCCACGUGUUCCCUUGUUUCUGCCAUCAUUUGGUACGGAUUAUCAGUGCAUCGGUGUAUUCACAUAUAUCCAUUUAAAGAACAUACUAUACAUUAUAUCACCUUUUCUUGUGUUUUUAUUUAUUUAUUUAUUUUGCUCUGCAUUUGUGACUUUACAUCUGAAGAGAACUUCCUUUUAGCGAUCAACAGUAGGUGCUAAACUGCAUUAUUCACAUAUCUUAAAUAUCCAACUUUGUUGUUCUAUGUGUUGUUUAAAGUUAAAAAAAAAUACUUCGAUGUUGGCAUUCAACUGAGCUGCUGUUCUUUGUUUGGCAUUUGUUUAAUGUUGGCCCAGAAAUCUGGUGAGACUUUUUUGGUGCUGAAUGACGAGAUUAAGUGAAUUUGGGGCCUUGUAAGAAUCACUGAACAAAGUUUGUACUCUUUUUGUUUAUUUGUUUGUUUUGUUUGGCUUGCUGACUCUUCUGUUACCUGCUGAGCGUGAAACGUUUGUCAAAACUUAAUGAUGAUUAGCUAGUUCCGUUAGUCUAGAUAUUUUCCUUAAAAAGGAUCUAUGACAACUGUGUCUUUUUUUGCUGUGUACAAAUAGAUGAUAUAUAUAAAUAUAUAUAUAGUCUACAUUUGUUUUACAAUAUCUACUGUACUAUCUGAGUUGUCACUGUUCUUUCAUUCGAGCUCGUCUUUUUCAUAUGACAAUUUAUUAUGAAGUGGUGGUUCAGUUACUUAGAAAAAAAACUUGUAAGGAAACUGUUCAAUUGUUGUCAUGUUGCUUGUGGAGAAAAAAAAAUUGGAUUAACUUUCAGUUAACAACCGCGGCAAAAGAAACCGAACAAAAGUUGAAGAUAUAAGUGUGUUUGUUUGACGGUUUAUUUACUUAUCUAUUUUGAACUAUUUAUUUUGUAUUUAUUUGUAUUUAUUAUCUAUUUAUUAAUUACCUAAUUUAUAUGUGUAUUUAUGUAUUUAUUUGUUUCACUGUCUAUGUAUUUGCGUGAUUCUGGUACAGGGAGGGGGGCGUUUCUGAGCAAAAGGGAACAAAGCGACUAGUGGAGAGGCUCUUCCAGUAGUCCACUGCACUGAGAGAACUUUUAGUACGUUUGUGCUUUGUACCAAUAUAUCAAAAUGACCAUAUAAAAAACUCUAAAAGUUAAGAAAACUGAAAAAAAUUGUCUGGAGGGUUGGGGGACGCUCUUCCCUUAUUACUAGAAACAGUUACUCGCUAUGCAUAACCUAGUUAAUAGUUAAAUUUGCUAUUGCUUUUUUCUUGUCUUGUUAAAAUGAAAUCUUUAGAUCUUUUUCAAUAAAGUUUAGUCUUAAUAGAAUGUUAUAAACAGUCGUUCUGGUUCAAUAUAACCUGUGAUAAGUUUGUGUAGUUUUAAAAAAAGCCACUCCGUCCACACCCUCCCUCCACUUACUACCGCUUUGUGAUGAAACCUUAUGCAAAAAUGUGGGUCUGAAAGCAUCGUUUCAGUUUUUCAGUGAACAUUUUCUUCCACGUUCAGGCAGGAAACAUUUUCAAAGUUGUUAUUUGAGGGUCAUUCAUUGCACGGGACGAGAUCGCUCACUGAAGAGUCUGAACUUAUUUUUGAGAUUGUUCAUCAUGUUUUCAAAUGACAAACCAACAAAUCUUUUAAAAUUGAGAACUUGUUACCAUUGCACACGCGGCUGCCGUUUAAAGCAGCUGCUAUAUUUAAGAAAUACUCUGGAGGUAUAAAAAGGGAAUGAGUCAAUUCUAUAUUUUAUAUACAUUAAUAUGAUAUAUAUUAUAUAUUUUGAAAGGUGAGAGGUAAGGGAAUGGUUCCAGAAGUAUAAAUAUAAUUGGAUUUUUUUUAGUUUGUUGCUAAGACUUGAAAACAUGAAGGAGGUGUGUGGAGAGCAGUCGGAAAACUCAGACGCAUGCUCGCAUCCUUCUCUCCUGCACCUCACUCAUCUGAAAACGCCGGGUCAUCUGAAAUCAUCUCAUUAUCCAACCUUCAUCCCGUCAUAAAGGUUUUUCUAACUUCAUAACAGCAACAAACCAACCAGACCCCUUCAUGCUCCCCGCUGCCGUCGGGAGCUUGAAUUAUGCAACGACCCCACAAGAAUGUUCUGAUGUGUGAAUUUCCUACACGGCGUGUGACUUUUAAACUCUUACAAUGUGCGUUUGUGUGUGCGUGAGUGCAUAUGUGUGCACGUUUGGAUGCAUGUUUCUUUAAGGUAUUGUGUUUGUCCGCUUGUGUUGGUCAGCUCGGAGAAGGCCCGUGAGUGGAUGUGCAAGUGCAAACGUAUGUUCUGUGCACAUACACAAGCCCGCGCCUACUUGAGUGCAUGUGUGUGUGUGCGUGCGCAUAUUUGGCCGAGAUGUCAGGGGUGAUUGUUUAGUGUGUAUAUGACUGUGAACAUGUCAGGGUGUUUGAAACAUGGGGCUGCGUCACCUCGCUCUAUGCCCGACCCCUAUGGCUCACACCAUCCCCUGUAGCGCCUUAUAGUGGCAGCCUGCCAGUAGGAACAACGCAGCCAGUAGUGGAGGAGGGAAGGUGAACAGAGGAACUAGGCUCUUCUUGUCAGUUUUCAUUUUCCUCCUAAGACAUGUUUAUUUACUAUCUGAGAAAUCUAUAAACAAAAUCUUUAAAGACAAAAAAGAUGAAAAAAAAGUUCACGGGGCCCCAUGACCGCGGCUCCCUACUCUCUCUCCUGCUUAUGUUAUUACUUAACGAUUAUCAAUGAUGAUUAUUAUGAUUAUUAUUGCUAUUAUUCUUAGUAUUCUUAUUAUUAAUCCAAUUACUGCGAUGAAUGACUUCAUGUUAUCCUUGCUAGUUUAGGUCAUUUCUGAAACUGGAAACAAAAUAAAAAUCUUGCUGUAAAUGUUUGUUUUUUCCUUUUCAUAAAACUGUUGUGUUUAAAUUAUUUGUACUUUUGAAUGUUGGGACAAUAAAAUGAGGUGUUGAAAACUGA